GAAAGAGCCAGCGGUGGCGGCGGCAGAAAUCGCUGUUACUGCUGUUGUUGCCGCCUCUGUUUUCUCCGGCCGCGCUCUUGACACUGCCCAGCUCUCCAAAGCGCAGCGCCACGCGAAGCCGGCAACUCUUCUAAACUUGGGCGUAGGCGGAGAAGCAGCAUCCAGCCGAGGAAGCGGGGAGGGAGAUCCGCGUCCCUCCACUUGCCUCUCUCACCCACCCACCCUCUAACCCUCCCCACGCUUUUCCCGAGUGGCUUAAAGAACCGGCGGGGAGCGCGCAAGGCUGCUCGGCAAGAGUUCCCGUGUGCGCCCAGGGCGCAUCCCGUGGCCAAGUCUCAGGCUCCGUCUGCCUCCUGAGCCCGGCCGAGCGAGGCUCAGUCUCCAUCCUCCCUGCCAAGGGAAAGACGGCUCCGGAGGGCUGGCGCCAGCGGGCAGCAUCGCAGCGGAGCCCCUCAGCCCUCCGGGUAGGCGGGCCAUGCCGGGCUGACCUGCCGCGGAACUCAGCUUUCUCCAUGCCGUGAGCGCGCUCGCCUUUCCUGCCCAGCGCGAUGGCCGGGGCUCCAGGCGGGGACCGCUCCGUGCUGCCUCCGUCCGCGGUCCACGGCAGCGGCAGCAGCAGCGGCGGUGGUGGUAGUGGUGGCGGCGGCGGAGAAGCCCCGCGCGUGGAAUUCGUAGCCCUGACCGCCGUGCAGACCGAGAAGAGCGAGGCGACCCCCGCCGCCUCCGCUGGAUCCAGCCCCAGGCGCCUGGGACUCCUCGGGACCCCCUUACCGGUCCCACGCGGGGGCUCCGGAGCUCGAUCCACGUCGCAGAAGCGAUAUCGUCGCCUUCAGAACUGCCUCUACAACGUGCUGGAAAGACCCCGAGGUUGGGCGUUCAUCUACCACGCUUUCAUAUUUAUCCUGGUCUUCAGCUGUCUGAUUUUAUCUGUGUUUUCAACUAUUCCUGAGCAUCAUACAUUUGCCAAUGAGUAUCUCUUCAUCCUGGAAUUUGUCAUGAUUGUUGUUUUUGGAGUGGAAUACAUUGUCCGUGUCUGGUCGGCGGGCUGCUGCUGUCGCUAUCGAGGAUGGCAAGGUCGUUUCCGGUUUGCACGCAAACCUUUUUGUGUCAUCGAUUUCAUCGUCUUUAUUGCUUCUCUGGCCGUCAUUGCAGCUGGCACCCAGGGGAACAUCUUUGCUACCUCGGCCCUACGCAGCAUGCGCUUCCUGCAGAUCUUACGCAUGGUGCGCAUGGACCGCCGUGGCGGUACUUGGAAGCUUCUUGGCUCAGUGGUCUAUGCCCAUAGCAAGGAGCUGAUCACAGCAUGGUACAUUGGGUUCCUUGUCCUUAUCUUUUCCUCUUUCCUGGUUUACCUGGUGGAAAAAGAUGCCAAUGAUGAUUUUCUCACCUAUGCAGACUCCCUGUGGUGGGGUACGAUCACACUCACCACUAUCGGCUACGGGGACAAGGUUCCGAAAACAUGGCUGGGCCGGGUGCUGACAGCCUGCUUCGCCUUGCUGGGAAUCUCCUUCUUUGCCCUUCCUGCGGGAAUUUUAGGCUCAGGGUUUGCUCUCAAAGUCCAAGAGCAACAUCGACAAAAACAUUUUGAGAAGAGAAGAACACCUGCAGCAAACUUGAUCCAAGCUGCUUGGCGCCUCUACUCCACAGACAUCAACCGAUCCUACCUGACUGCUACCUGGUGUUACUAUGACAGCAUGCUUCCAUCUUUUAGAGAACUGGUCCCUAUGUUUGAAAACUUGCACCGAGCUCGCAACGGAGGGCUUAGGAUCUCUCAGGUGAGGAAAUUUCCUGAUGGAGCUCCACCGUCGUAUCACUCCUUCACCUCUGGCCUGAAAGCCUCCACUCCUACUUUUUGCACAGGAGAAAGCAAUAAAAUGGGACUCAAAGACCGCAUCCGAGUGAGCAAUUCUCAGAAGCAAGGUAGCCGGGGGAAGCAGCAUCUGGUGCCUCCACUCCAUCGCUCCCCCAGUACAGAGAACGUCAACGAAGGCAUCAGCCCCAGCAAGGUACAGAAGAGCUGGAGCUUCAAUGACAGGACCAAGUUCCGGACCUCAUUGAGACUGAAGCCUCGGACACCAGUGGAUGCUGAUGGUCCUACAGAGGAAAGUAGUGAGGAGAAGACCCAUCAAUGUGACUUGACUUUUGAAGACAUCAUGCCUACUGUAAAGACCUUGAUCCGAGCAGUCAGAAUUCUUAAAUUCCUAGUAGCCAAAAGAAAGUUCAAGGAGACCCUGAGACCAUAUGAUGUUAAGGAUGUGAUUGAGCAAUACUCAGCUGGCCACCUGGACAUGCUUGGCAGAAUCAAAAGUCUCCAGACACGUGUGGAUCAGAUUGUGGGCCGGGGAGGUCUCACCAUGGAUAAGAAGACACGGGAGAAAGGGGAAAAAGCACCAUUGGAGGUCGAUCUGGUGGAUGAUCUCAGCAUGAUGGGCCGAGUACUAAAAGUGGAAAAGCAGGUUGAGUCUAUUGAGCACAAGCUGGACUUGUUGCUAGGCGUUUACUCCCAGUGCCUACGGAAGGGUUCCAUCAACUCCAUUAGCUUGACUGCUAUACCAGUUCGCAGUGGGGAACCGGACAUCACCUCUGACUAUCAUAGUCCCGUGGACCAUGAAGACAUCUCUGUCUCAGCUCAGACCUUGAACAUCUCCCGAUCGGCUAGCACCAACAUUGACUAACAUGGCCUCUCCAGACUAGCUGUGUAACAGCCACACACCAGCUACAUGCGGGGAGGAGAGGCUGGGAGGGAGUCUUUCGUUCAAAGGAGAACUUGGGAGACAAUUCCUGACUACUCUUAUGGACCGUGCUCGACUGAGCCGAAAUCUUCUCCAGCCUCACCUUGUUGGUGUUUCCCCAUCAGAUUCGUCUGCCUUUGCACCAGAACGAUCACCUCAACUUUACUUGAAGUCUUCCAAUUGGGGGCAAAGCCACUAGCACCAGAGCAUUUAGAGCAAAUGUAGACAAAUUGUUAGGCCUCUGAAGCAGCAGGGUGGUCCCAGCACCCAUCAGCUGUCAGCCGUAACUUCGCCAGUGUUUCUGGGCUUCCCCCAGUGGUCGUGAUAGAAUGUAAAACUCAGUCAGCAGCUUUCUCUGUUGGGAGGCAAGCCUUGUUAGCCUGAAGUAAUAGGCAGAGGAAUCUGUCUUUCACCUCUCAGCCUCCUGUAGACAUCUGCCAUGGUUCCCAGUUAACUCCAGAGUUUUCAGGUGCCUCUAGGCUACCGAGGAAAUCAAUUCUCUUUUGACAAAGAGCAGUCAAGAUGAAAUGGCCACUUUGGACUCUUGAGUCAUUGUGAUGGCCAACCCAUCAAGGAAAACCAUGCAAAUGGUGACAGCCAUGACAUGACAACCACCGACUCUAGACGUUGACUUUACUGGGCAACCCAGGUUGACGAUGUCUUUUUAUUCAGCUAUGCAAAAGCUAGGUUACUCUUUUCUUCAGCCGUGCUCGACAAGGGACGUUGCAACUUGACUGAAUGUGGUUUCUUGUCUUUGCAUUUAGAAGCAAUUAAUGACUGGCAAUGCCUAACCCUACUCUUGGCAGCCUUCAAGCACCUUUCUACUUCUCUUUUAGCUCCCCGUUCCACCAGGUAGCAGGCAUCACUUUAUGCCCCACCCCCCGGGUUCAUGAGCACACAGUGGAACUUGCCACGUAAUGGAAACAUGUUUAGGGGGAGAUGGGCACCGCUAUAUGCAACUGUCUUGAAUAUGCAACCUGAAACCAAUCUUUAGCAGUGGUUAAGGUGCCUUCUCUGUCUGGGAAGUAAGCAGGGAUUUGGGGGUUUCUAUGUGCACCCUUGAAGGAAACUCAAUUCAGGUAGCCAAGAGUAGAAUCAUGGGUCCUGGUGUUCUCAGGGGGAAUUUCAUCAGCUUGCUGUCUCUGGAGGGAGAGUUGAGUAUUGCUCUCUCCCAGGGAAUUGCGUGUGUGUAUUUGUAUGUGUGUGUGAGUUUCCCAUUCAUUCAACAACAGUGAAUUAAGGUAGAGCUUGGCUCAGGUACUAUACACUUGUAGAAUUAUCAGUGCUCUGGUGUAGCUUUUGAGUAGCCCUCCCCAAGCUGAGGUCCUCCAGUUGGGUUGGAUGAUGUUUCUAAUAUGACUGCUUGGGCUUUUGAAAUUUAACAUAUCUGGGGUCCACACGUUGGGGGAUCAUUACUUUAGACUCAAAUUUCCUACCAGCUGUGAGCACAUCCUUUCUAUUACUAGUAGAAGAUCCCUGGAUUACAAUUUCCAUCCAGGGUUUUUCUGGAGGCAUUCUCCCUUGCAGUCUUUCUAAGACAAUGUUCCUCAACCUUAGCCACUUUAAGAUGUCUAGACUUCAACUCCCAGAAUUCAUCUGGGGAAUUCUGGGAGUUGAAGUCCAGACAUCUUAAAGUGGCUAGGAUUGAGGAAUACCGUUUUAGGAUAUGAAGCACCAUUGUUCCAAUUAUUCCAUUAUUCCACCUGAUGAUGCCCUUCAGAUCUCACCUUCCUCCUUGCCCAUCUGCCUAAGUUUUAACUUCUGCAGCUUUCAUGGGGGACUUUGGUCUUGAGUGUGCUUUACUUGGGAAAGAUCAAUAACACAAGCAGACCAUCUUGGCACAUUCAGUGUUUAGGAGCCCAGCAUUUGAAAAACAGAACAUUCUUAGGUUUAUGUUGAAUACAAUGCAAUGUAUGAAUAGAUCAUCAGCCAGGAUUGUCUGUGACUUCUUUGUUGAGUCUCUACUCAUGCUCCUGGCACAGAUUGUGGUUACGGUUUUCUUCCCAAUGGUCAUUCACUUGGAUUUUUUUGAACCACAGACCCAUCCCAGAACAUGUUCUGAGUCCAAACAGCCCCUUCCUUCCAGUCCUUUUGCUUGGAUCACUGCUUAGCUACCAAAAUCUGCUCCUUGGUGGGUUGUCUUGUUAACUUUAAACAAGAGAACCAACAGAAGUCCUGUUUUUCUAUUGAAUGUCUUCAUUUGUCAUUCUCACUUUUAUGAUUGCUGCAUAGAUACUGGCUUUCCAAUUGUAUUGAGCUAUAGCUCGCAUGGCAGCUAGUGGGCAUUAUGGGAAUGGUGAUAGAACGUAUCUGGAAGGCAUCUGGUGGGAGAAUGCUAACUUACUGGGAGAGAACAGAAUUAAAUCUGGAAGACUUUCCCAUCUUCUCAGAGCUAACUCUGCCAACACCAUUGUGGUUGAGUUGUUCCAUAGAACACGCCCAGCUUUCAUUUCACAUCUCCUUUAGGCUGCAUGUCCAAAGUCCCCCACUUGCCCAACUGCAUCUUCACUUUGCAUGUCCAUGCAUGUGUCUUGAAGAAAUGGCGAGAGCUGUUCCCAGCUUCUCCCCCAUCAGACUAUGACUCUUCUCCUCUCAAUGCACUGAAUACACCCUCGUUGGAGAGCACACCCAAGUCUUCAUCCAGGAUGGUCAUCUCCAGAAAUAGGGGAGGGGCUGCAUGGUGAAGGGCAAGAGGGGGAGGAAGGGAGCAGGGGAUGGCUUUGACCAGCCAAAGACAAUAAGGUGGGCCUCGGGGUAGUUUUCCUAAUAAAUUUUGUUUCUGAGACAAUGCAUAGUUACCUCACUUUAUUAACUUAUUAACUUAUUUGUUUCAUUAAAAUUUUCAGUAGAUGA